AUGAUGAGGGAUCUCUUGAUGGCGACUGGACCUGGCGCCAGAAAAUCAUUCCAGUUACCAGCUCUCAACAAGCCCAUGCGUGAAAAGGUGCAUUUGAUGGCGAGGGUGCUCAACCUGAAGAGUACGAGUGACGGCAAGAAGAAUCAACAACUCAAGAUCAUAACAGUCAGUCGUACAAGCAAGACGGGUGCAUAUACUGUCAACGAGCGAAAGAUGGAUUCAAUUUUGAAGCGAAAGGGUGACAAGAGGCGGGGAGGGGAUGUCAUGAAAGGCAUCCAGGAAGGCGAGGUGAUUGGACACAAGGCCGCCAAACUUGACGAAACGAAUAUUGGGUAUAGAUUGUUGGCACAGAUGGGGUUUCCGUCUAUUUCUGACCAACCGUCUCCCUCGCACAACUUGAACCCAACCUCUUAUGCGUCCCCUCAGCACAGUGUUGCUGCUGGGCAGCGUCAGCGUCUUAUCGAUGCAGCACCUCUCAAAGUCGUAGAACCUCACGAUGUGCCCAACGAUGAAGUCGCGGCCUUUCUCCGUUCAGUAAGGAUCGGCCUGUUGGGCGCCCACGCGAAUGUAGAGACGGGUACCAUAGAAGACGAUCCUCUAAAGGUCCUCGAGGAGGAGCUACGAAUCCUCAUUGGUGAAUCCGGACCAUCAUCCAACGAGGCCUCGAGCGAGACCGAUCCUGCUACCGCCGUCAAGGACUCAGACAGCAUUGCCAUGCGCCCGGAAGACGAAUGGACGGCCCUACCUAGUCCGCGUCUAGACGACAUGGACGAGCUAAUGAAAAAGAUAAUUAUAACUCAAUUAGAACAACAAGAUAUGUGUGAACAGUAUACGAACUCGUUUAGGGCCAAAUGGGACCGCUUCCAUGACUGGGUCCGGGACGUCUUUGGCCUUGCUGCCAUCGAACGACCUCCGUGUGGUUUCCAAGCUAUUUUGGGCAAUAGUAGCAGCCCUCGCGUCGGCUCUACUACCGCCUUUGCGGAGCCCGCUCUUCCUCAUCCAGUAAAGACUCCUGCCUACCGACCCGCUUCGAUGGAGGGGAGCAAUGGGUCCUCACCGAUGGCAGCAGGCGGAUGGUUGUUGGCAACCACGAAGACCGGCCUCCUUCACCAGGCGCUUGCAACGUGCUAUCUAUUCUUUAUCACCCUGGGAAGGACGAGCCUUGGCCUUUGUGCUUGUAUUGACCGAGUUGUCCAAUACAGAAUGGUGUACGUGUUCAUCGUCAUUGGUUUCAGAUGGUGGCAGAAUCGAGCUAGCGAGGAAUAUGAGGAGCUGAAAGAUGAAGAGGAGGCGAACGAGGAACUAGAAGGUGUCAUCCUCUUUGACGCUGGAUCUAUCAAGAACCUCUCGCUGGAACAUCUCCCACUUUAUCAAGAAAAACCAUAA